AUGCAUCUCUUGGUUCAAAUGAUUCUCGGUAUCCUCCAGCGGGACCCUCUCGCGUUUGGAUACACAAUGGGUUUCUCGUCAGAUACAUGUUUUGGAAAACUCGACGCGGAUGGAAGCAUAUGA